GUUUGUUGUAUUGUGCACAAUAUCGCCAUUCUCCAUGACAUACCCCUGGACGUUCCAGAGGACAGGGAGGAGCCACCAGAAGACAUCUACUUCAUUUCUCUUUUUCUGAGACUACGCGUCAGCACAGUUGGAGAUGGGACAGGUCUGGGUGGCGCAGGUCGAGAUGGCACAGGGCUGGGUGGCGCAGGGUUGGAGGUUCCAGUGCAAUGAUCGUCUUGAGGCAGUUGUUGGUCUCCUGCUGCUGGCAACAUCAUCUCCUGACAGUUCGCGACAUCCCAUUAACUGCAACCACAAGGUCUUUUACCUGCUGACUGUCGCGUCUCAUAGCCCUGAUGGAAAUGCCCAUCUGCUGCACAUCCGACGAAAUCUUUUGUAGCGCCCUCAUUUGGCCCCUUUGCUCAGUCAAGAGCAUUCCAUCCAGGUCAUCCACCAUGUUCAUCCUACGUGCGGGUGCAGAGGGUAGAGACGAGCCAUGUCAUAUAAGAGGCACCAGAACCGCCAGAGCACAGUGUUUACUGUUUCCAGUGUACAGAUACUGUCGUGGCUGCACCUGCUCAUGGCCGCACUCUAUACCCAGGCUACCAGCAACUACAGCAUGCUGCAACCUUGUACAAACAUCACUGAAGUGCUCAAGAGGUACUACCUGUCACCAUCGUAUGGCAUCGAGUUCUGCAUUGGUUUUCCUGGCAACUUUGUGGUUGUACUUGGUUACAUAUUUUGUUUGCAGCAGUGGCAGAGCUGCAACAUUUACCUCUUCAGCCUGGCAGUCUCCGACCUAAUUUUCCUCUGCACACUGCCACGUCUCGCGUACCUCUAUGCAAACGACCAAUCAGAAACCAGUCCAUAUGCUUGCAUUAUCAACCGCUAUGUUUUGCACGUAAAUCUUUACUCUUCCAUCCUGUUUAUGGUUUUGUUAAGCAUGGACCGCUUCCUGCUCAUAAGAUAUCCAACACGGAACCACUACCUGCUGAGGCCACGAUCAGCCUUGAUCUUAACAGGGCUGAGCUGGCUAGCUGUAAAUGUGGAAGUUGCUCCAAUGAUAUCACUGAUGAUCCACGACCUCCAGAUCGGAAACUGGAGUCACGUCAAGGAUUUUGCCAGCUUGGAAGGAAACAUCAAUACAUUGGGCUACAGCCUGGGACUAACCCUGACUGGUUACCUUCUCCCUCUGCUUGGACUUUGUGGUUUCUCCUACCAAAUUGCACAUCUGCUCCGUGUCCAGGAAAGGGCUGUCCAGAACAGGACAACAUCAUACAAGCGGCCUUUGAGGGUUGUUGUAAUGGCUGCAGUCAUGUUUCUGGUUCUCUACACUCCAUACCAUGUGCUGAGAAAUGUCAGAAUAGCAUCUAAUGAGGCCUGGGCAGGGAUGCAGCCGUGUACAAAUAUGUACAUAGAGUGCCUGUACAUCCUGACCAGACCGUUGGCCUUCUUGCACAGUGUCAUCAACCCUGUCUUCUACUUCUUCAUGGGUGACAAGUUCAGAGAGCUCCUAUUCGCCAAGCUCAGAAAGCUGGGCAGAAUGAAAGAGCAGCAAAGAGGGCCAGACUGAAAACAGUCUACACAUAUCAUAUCAUAUAUCAUCAUAUGAGACACACAUCAACAUAGUGCAACCAAACACAUGGACCAGCUCGAUCUGUACAUGUAUUUUGUUAAGGUUUUGUGCUUUACUUUAUUUCUACUAUGUUUUAAUUACCUCCACCCAUGGAGGUUAUGGUUUCGGUUCGGCUUGUCCGUUGUUUGUUGGUUUGUUUGUGUGUCAGCAGGAUAACGUAAAAACUACUGGCACGAUUUUAUGAAACUUGGUGGAAGGGUGUAGCAAAGAAUCCAAAGAAAAACACAUUACAUUUUGGAGCGGAAUUGGGGCAUUUGUGUUGCAUUCAUGUGUUGUCGGAAUAAUUUACAGAAGAAAAAAAAUUGUCGUAGUAACCAUUUCCACACAUAUUACAUCAGAUCAAUAUAAACAUCACAAUAUUCAAGUAAUGUAACUUGAUUACUACUUAAAUAAUGCUGACAUUUUCACCCACACACUAAAAACU